AUGUCAGAGUGCAGGCAGAGCCCGUCGCAUGAAUUGUUUUCGCAACUUGGGAGAAAAAAUAUGGCGACGUGGAAGAGUGAGAGGCUUCAGGAGGACUCGAAGGAGGAGGAGAAUGCGGAUGGUAUCGACAGCAAUUUCGACAGCAUCCUCGUGACGCACGACUUGCAGGAUUGCCUGGAUGAAACUCUGGAUCUGUCGAGCUUCGAGAAGGUCUACGAGCAGAGCGCGGUGUUCGAUUACGAGAGGUACUCCGACGAUGAUGCUGCUAUCAGUGAGAGGCUACCCGAUGACAACACGACCGGGUACAUUCAUCACACAAUCAGCCCACAUGAAGUUUACAUGCGAAUCCAUCCGGGACAAGAUGAUAUAUUAUCUGAAGAUCGUGCGAAUCCUCAUGCAACUAUCAUGAUUGAAAGCAUGGAUUUGGAUGGCAAUCAAAAACAUAUCAAUCGCUAUAAUUGCCAAUACGAAGGCUGCAGCAGGACGUAUAGUACCAUCGGGAAUUUGCGUACUCACAUGAAAACACACAAAGGCGAGUAUCGAUUUAAAUGCGCAGAGCCGAGUUGCGGCAAGGCCUUUCUCACGUCCUACAGCCUAAAGAUCCACGUUAGGGUACACACGAAAGUAAAACCGUUCGAGUGCAAUCACAAAGGCUGCAAGAAAGCAUUCAAUACCCUUUACAGACUGAGAGCUCACCAAAGACUCCACAGUGGCAACACAUUCAACUGCGAAGAGACUGGAUGCGUUAAAUUCUUCACUACUCUAAGCGAUCUCAAGAAACAUAUACGUACUCAUACUCAAGAAAGACCGUACAAAUGCAGAGAGAAGGGUUGCGGCAAGGCCUUUACCGCUUCGCACCACUUGAAAACGCACAAGAGGACGCAUACGGGUGAACGGCCGUAUGUCUGUACUUUCGAUAAUUGCAAACGAUGUUUCACUACUCCGCACAGCCUAAAGAGCCACAUUAAAACACACAAUAAAACUGCGAACAACGAAACGAAGCACAAAGACAGCGGAGGUGACGACGCGACUGAGGAGCGGAACAAACAGACACAAUUGGAACUGAAACUCGUGAAAGUUAGCGCGAAUGACACCACUAUACCGUCAUACGCUGUCGUGCCGAUAUCUGCGGAUCUCGCGCGAGAUGGUAAUGGGAACAUGCCAUAUGCGUCCCCGGAGAGUGCAGCAGCGAGACAAGCAACUCCCACCGAUGUGAUGCUAGAGAUUAUGAACAGUCGCAAGUUGGACGGGAAGCUCGAUUAUAUUUCUACCAAAGAUAUGGAAGACUCAAGCAGAACCACCGAGGAAGUCGCGCUUCUCGCGACGGAUAUCGUUCUAGCCAACUUCAACGAACACGCGGUUGAUGCCUUCAAUAAUAACGGGAAUUAUAACGAAUUUAAAGUAUUCAGUCAAAUGACAGAGUCGAAUGCGCAACAUGACAACCUGGCGGACAUGGCUGGCGGCCGUCGGGAUCGUCAGUACGAGUCUGCUUCGUUGCCAGAAGCGCGCGGCGACAGUAUAGACAGGCAAGAUCGGCCUGUUCCGAUCAAUUUAGAGCAGAAGAUCAUGCAGGACGGCUUGCAGAACGCGAUGGCGCACAUUUCCGACGGGACGGACUUUGCCAGUGAUAUGAAGCAGUAUAAGAACAAGCCCAUCACCACCGUCGCCGACGAUGUAUUCGAUGUAGACCGCGCGCAUAGUAUAGCCGACGACAGUAACGCGUUAUAUAGUGCCAAUUGUAUUACUAGUCAUAUCCCCGAUAUCAUAAGUUCCUCGAAUGGAGUCAACCUCUUCGACAGUGGAAUAGAGGCUCUCUCUUUCAUCAACGACGCGACGUUGCAGAAUGAGUCGCUCAGCACGGUGUCGCACGAUCUGUGCGAGGACGUUAUCACGAGCACGCAGUCGGAAGCUGUCGAGCUGGCGAUCGCGACGGAGGAGGAGUUACCGUCGCCUUGGAUCGACGUGAUGGCGCUCGCGACCGCGCCCGCGUUGAGGACUCAGUCUUGGUCGGAAUUGAACGCCUUCCCAACCGCGGUCCAUUCACUGGUUGAUCUAGUAGGCCCAGAGCCGUAUCCGCUAGAAAUAGAGGCUCAGUUACCGUCUACGGAGAAUUUGAAAAAUAUCGACGCGGUGAACAUAGAACAUAUCUCGGCAAAUACCGAGAUGGUACAGUGCCAGGAAGCCGCCGAUUACGAGCAGAGGACGGAUGAGACGAAAAACAAGAAGGAUAGAAACGUCCUGCAGGAGAUCACGGCGGACGCUGAUAUAUGCAAAUGUGUCGACUGUAAGUGCGACAAUCUACAGAAUUGUCAAAAUUGCACGAACAGCCCUACCGUCGCGGAGGUUACGAGAAAAGAUACGACGUUUAAGAUCGUAGACGACUUCGUGUCUUCCUUAGGAAGUGGAUGUUCCUGCUCCGCCGGUUGUGACUCUUGCUGUGUUGUAAUUUGCUUGAAAACGCUGCAGCAGCUACAGAAAGUAUUUAGUCGCAAUUGUUGCAAAAGCACUAGCAGCGCUACGUGCUGUAGGGAAAGGUUGCUGCCGUCUUUGAUGAAGUGUAAAUUGGCCAGGAAUCAAUGAAUCGCAAAUUCUUCUUCAUUAACUAGUCACGUAAGAAAAUAAUGCUGUACACACGUUAACGCUCGCAAAGAUUUGUGAUUUGUUAUAGACUACACAUCGGUAGCUUUAAAUUUGCCUAGAGAGAGAGAGAGAGAGAGAGAGUGCGCAACUUUUGCCUUCCAAAUGUAUUAUAUUUUUAGGACAAGGAAUAUAUAUAUAUAUGAGAAUAUAUGACUGUACAUAUAUGUGCUAUAUCCGUUAGAAUUCCAGGAUGGAGAUUCUACACAUGCGAUAUAUAUUUUGUGCCAAACAUGUUUGUAGACUUUUUUUAUAAAGAACAAUUUAUAUAUAUAAUAUAUAUAUACAAAAUUUAUAAAUGCAAAAUUUAUUUUUGCACAAUUUGUAAUAAUAAACAUAAUCGCAAUUUCGAAACGUUCACAUACAGAUGUAACAUGAAGGAAAUUGUCGAUAGCCAACGUUAAAAGUACGAGAGAAAAAGAUGUACGAUACGCACAAUUAUUUUUAUAUAAAGAUAUUUUGACAUAAACAAAUGAUGUUUUAUAACUAUUAUAUCAAGUUUCACACUUGUGCAGCAAAACCAGAUAGAUAGUAUUCUUUUGAUAUUUGAGUCACAAAUACAUAUGCUGUUUCUUUCAUAUACGUUUGGUUUGUAGUAUUAUUGCAAACUUAAUUUAGCGAAGAUACUAAUUGCAAAGGAAUUAAAAAUAUGUACAGCAUAUUAACGAUAAUUUUUAAUUGUAAUUUGUGAAUACCAAAAAUGAUAUAUAUAUAUAUAGUUACAUAUCAUUAAGAAUUUUAUUUAUUGCACAUCAUCCAGACGAAUGCGUUUGUUUUCGAAGGACGGUGUUGACCCUAGGAAUAUUAUGUUAUGUUUUUGCUCUUGUGACAUUCACGCAAAAAAAAAAAUACUUUUGCUAGUGCGCAUAUCUAAAAAGUAAUUUGAUAUUCCGUGGGUUAAUUGAGAAACGCUAAUUAUAUAUAAAACAUCCAAAGUAUUCACGUUACAAAAGUAACGGUUAUUACGUUUUAGGCUUUAUUUAGAAUUCAGUGUUUGACGCAGCGUUAUUGUUAUUAAAAGUAGAUUGGAGAAAUAUUAAUUUUUAACAAUUUUUAGCGUGGAAAUUUUUAUGGCUGUUACAAGUACUUGCAAACUGCAAUAAAAUCGAUGUACCUAAAUAGCUUGUAAAUGGCAGCGUAUUUAUUAUGUUGUUAACGAAAAAAUUAACCAACACUAAUAAAGAAUUUAUGAUAAAAACAGA